AGUCAAAAAGUAUUAAACUUUUUAGCAAACAACAAUAAUAAAAAAGUGUUUUAAAAUGAAAUCCUUUAUCAUUUUUGCUGCCCUACUUGCCCUGGCUUUGGCUAGACCAGAUGUUGAAAUCCUUAAAUCCUCUUCCGAUGUUGGACCUGAAAGUUAUUCCUUCGAUGUUGAGACUAGUGAUGGUACUUCCCGUCACGAAGAUGGUCAAGUUAAGGAUGCUGGUACCGAACAUGCCGCCAUUGUAGUCCAUGGCAGUUUCUCUUACAAGGAUGAGCAUGAUGGCAAAGUAUACACCGUCAACUAUGUAGCCGAUGAAAAUGGUUUCCAACCUUCCGGUGAACAUUUACCUCCUUUGCCUAAAAACCAUUAAAUUGUUUGAUCAACUUCAAUAAAAAUGUCUUGAGUUCUCCUUAUAGCUGUUUAAACGAAAUAUUCGUUGCUUUGACGUAAAUGUAUAUGUGUGUAUGUAUGUAAUAAAAUUGUGAUUUUAAUAAAUAUACUAAUUUGCAUAACGAUAAA